GCGAGCGUGCGGCUGCUUCGCUCCAACCCACUCUCACUCUCUCGCUGUGUCUCGCUCUCUCUCUCUCUCGCUCUCUCUUAGAUAGGUGUUCUUGUCCCCCUUUUGCCCACACACACACACACAUGCACUGCUAGCCCGCAGCGAUCGUUCGUCCACGGGAGGGAGGGCCAUUUCAUUCGCGGUCCGCCGAUCGUUUGCGCUGAACGGUGUGUGCUGUCGUGCUCAGCCUCGACCAGCAGCAGUAGUAGUGAUAGUAGUCGACCCCGAACCGAAUGUGCGUGAGACAGGAAGUUUUACAGGAUUGGUAGCACACACACACACAGGAUUGGUGUGUUCAGUGUUCCGUAGUGUACAUGCAGCCGCACGCGGUGUGCGCGAAAUAGUGGCGCACACAUCGCAAAACACAUCAACCGCGUACAACAACGGGGUCAGAAGCUGAAAGGAAAUCGAAUCGCGUUUCCGUCCGUUCGCUGAAGUGACCUAAAAUUGGCCUUUAUUUUUAAAAAUGGACACCGCAAACACGCACCCACUUGGAGGUCGGCCCGGUAGCUGCACCGGAGGAGGAGGUGUCGGUGGUGGUGGUGGUGGUGGCGGCGGAGGAGGAGGUGGUGGAAGAAUGCCAGGAGCAGCGGGCAGUUCAAGUCCGCAGCAGUUCUGCCUUCGAUGGCACAAUCAUCAGGCAAGCCUGCUCAGCUCGCUGCCGCUGCUGCUCGACCAGUCGCACCUCACCGACGUGACGCUGAUGGCGGAGGGGCAGAAAAUUAAGGCGCACCGCGUCGUCCUGAGCGCCUGCAGCACGUUCUUCUCUGAGCUGUUCCGCACGCUCGACGGCGCCCAGUACCCGGUGGUGGUGCUGCCGGGCGCAUCGUACCACGCCGUCGCCGCGCUGAUCACGUUCAUGUACUCGGGCGAGGUGAACGUGUACGAGGCGCAGAUAUCCGUCCUGCUGUCGCUCGCCGAAACGCUCGGCAUCAAGGGGCUGGCCGACUUUAACAGCAACCCGAACAAAUCGAGCACACCGUCGACGGAAGCGUCGUCGUCGCGGGACUCCGACGUACCGUCGCCGUACCAUUCGAUGAAGGUGUCCUCGCCGGUCGACAACUACUUCGCCCGCCCGUACGCGUUCGGUGCGGACCUGUUCGAGAUGCGCCACGGGGCACAGGCACUCAAUCUGAUCACCAACGCGGGCGGCUCGAAUGGAGCGGCAGCAUCGAACAGUGCCGGCACGGGCAGUGCCCCGCACAGCGAAGGAUUCGCCGGCAACAACGCCGCGCACACGAUCGCAGCCAAUCUUUCCACCAGCAAGUCCGGCGACCUUUACGCGCGGUUCGAAGCGGAACGGAACGAGCAAAUGUCGGCGGAAGCACUCUGCAAGCUGAACGAGCUGAACCUGCACGCCGAGAGCGCUCUGCUGAAGGAGAAACAACAGCAGCACCAUCUAAACCGGUCAGCCACGCCGGUACGUUUGGCGGCGUACGCGCAGCAGCAGCAGCAGCACGCGAACUCGCCCCACAACACCACCGCUGCCGGUGACGCCCGGUCCGUCGUCGAGUCGGCACUGUUCGGCAGCUUUGGCAACGACAACGGUCGGGAUUGCAAACUCUCCGCAAAUGGGCCGCUGCUGCUCGGGCUGAAGCUAAAAGAGGAAGACAUUUCGGACAGCAUGCACCACCAUCAGCUCAACCAAUCGUACGGUUCCGUCCCGUCCACGCCGACCGCACAGACGCCCGGGCUGGAGGAUGCGGGGCGCAUUUCCCAGCCGAACGCCGCGACGCGCAAAACGCUGGCCGCCCAGGAUACGGCCACGAGCAAGCGCAAAAAGCUGGAACAAAUUACGGAAAGCCUGAUCGAAACGCUGAAACAGUCCACCGAGUCCGGCAACAAGCUGCCGCUGCACCUGUUCAGCAAACCGCCGACCGUGACGCCGGUCAGCAGCACGCAGAACCCGUACCUGGCGCACCAUCACUUCCUCACGAACGAGAGCGCCUCCAAGACGCCGGAAAACUUUAGCCUCGAGUCGGCGCACCCGAACGCCGCCUCGAACGCGAACGCGCUGCGCGCUUCGCCUUCGAUCGCGACCGCCACCACGCUCGGCGCGGCCGCGUCACCGACGACGACCGCACCACCCGGCACUGGGUCGCUGCUCGCGCUCACCCCCUCCUCCUCGCCCGCCAGUGCGAACGAAAAUCUGAUCAAAACGCUUCACAUUACCCAUCCGGCGCAGGUAGCCGCGUUGCAACAGCAGCAGCAGCAGCAGCAGUCAUCACAGCAAUCCGCCACGCAGAAGCCUCCCUCGUCGAAGCUGUACGCCACGUGCGUCAUUUGCAACAAGCAGCUUAGCAACCAGUACAAUCUGCGCGUGCACCUGGAAACGCACCAGAACGUUCGCUACGCUUGCCAGGUGUGCUCGCACGUGUCGCGGAGCAAGGAUGCGUUGCGAAAGCACGUCUCCUACCGCCAUCCGGGCACGCCGAGCCCGUGCGAUCCGGACACGAAGCGGAAGCGCUCGAAGGGCAACGCGUACAGCCAGCUGGCGAAGCAGGACGGGCUGGCGGAGCAACAGGCCGCAGCUAUCCUGAACCACCACCAGCAACAGCAGCAGCAGCAGCAGCAGCAACAGCAGCAAGCAAGCAAUCUGCUUGCCAACCUAACAGCGCAGGGUCCGCUACCGUCGUUCCUGCAGUCGAUUGCCGCGCACAACAAAUCGGCCGCCCUGCUGUUCAACCAAACGGUGUCCGUGGCGGCACUAGCGCAGGCGGGGCAGGCCUGCCAUCCGGCCACAUCCACCACGCCACCCGCGCCAGCCGGUGGGGCCGAACUGGGCACGACGCCGGGCAAGCGGGAUGCCUCCACCGGUGCCACGGGUUCGGGCGAGACGGACGGUGUCGAAGACGGACGGCCCAAAUCGGCACCCGAUGGGAAGGUGGACGAUUCGAAACCGGAUGACCACCCAUCCACGACGACCAAACAAUCUGACAAAGACAUUUAAAAAAGACCCCGACGCGGUUGUGCCGUACUCAAGUGGGAGGAGAGAGAAAGAGAAAGAGAAAUAGAGGAGUCCAACACCGGCUAGACAUGGUGCCAGGAAAUGAGAAAAAGAGAGAGAGAGAGAAAGAGAGAGAAGAUGAA